GCCCCGGGGACUCCUGGGCGCCCUCCCCGCCUCCCGUCCGAGGAGGGCCGCCGGCUCCUCGGGCGGGAGGGCGGGCGAGUCCAAGUCCAAGUCCAUCCGUCCUUCCGGGUUUUCCAUGGAACUGGGUUUGGGGUUUCGAGUUUCAGCUCCUCCUCGAAAGCCAUCCCCUGAGCCCUCCCUCCCGAUCCUCCAAGAUGGAGCCUCUGGCCGCGCAGCCCCUGCGCUGCUCGGGGCCGAGGGCCAAGGUCACGCUCGUUGCCAACGUGGCCAGCGACUGCCGGCUCACCGACAGCAACUACUUGGCGCUGCACCGCGAGUUCGGGCCCUUCCACUUCAGCGUCCUGGCCUUCCCCUGCAACCAGUUCGGGGAGGCCGAGCCCCGCCCCAGCAAGGAGGUCGUGUCCUUCGCGAGGAGCACCUACGGGGUCACCUUCCCCAUCUUCCACAAGAUUAAGAUCCUGGGGCCCGAAGCCGAGCCCGCCUUCCGAUUCCUUGUCGAUUCUUCCAACAAGGAGCCGAGGUGGAACUUCUGGAAGUACCUGGUCAGCCCCGAGGGCCGCGUGGUCAGGUCCUGGAGGCCCGAGGAGCCCGUGGACGCCAUCCGGCCUGAGGUGGCGGAUCUGAUCCGGCAGAUGAUCAUUCGAAAGAGGGAGGACCUCUGAGAAGGCAGGAGUCGCCGCCACGCACAGUCCGAACCCAGUGUCUGUCUCCUCAGCGGGCGGCGCGGCCCGAGUGCAAACCCGGCAAGACGGGCGCUGCGGGGGCUUCAGGCUGCCUUGCUCGUGAUGAACGUCCCAAAGCAAACACAGGGCGUCCGAGGGGUCCCCAGGGCACACACUAGGCCCUGUGGCCGCACCGAGAGUGCAGGACGGUCCCCACGUGCGUCACGUCCUGUUGCUCGACGCUCCCUAGGCCCCUCCUGGACGUGCCCACAGACCACCGAGCGCCAGACACCGUGCGACUGAAAUGUGUAACUAACUGUAAAUGACCGUUUUUAUGUAAUAAAACACAAAAUAAACAUUAUAAAGUACAUAUACAUUUAGAUCCAAAUCCUUA